AUGGCGCGCCGCCACCGCCGCCCGAACAGGGUUGGUUGCCGCGCCCGCAGCCCGCACCGCCUCCGACGCCGCCGCGCUGUAGCCAUCAAUCUGAUCAGGCGUGCCUCCAUAUGGAUCGGGGCCCCGCACAACCUCAAAGACGCGGGAGAGAGGGAAGCCACCGUUGCCACGCGCGAGCUAAGGUCGACUUUGAGCCAACACGAAGCAAAUCCCAAGGUCAUACCUCCACACUUCACGCAAAGACAGGAGGCGUACACCGUCGCCGUUCACGGGGCAGAAUGCUUCCGCUGCACCUCUCGCUGCGUCGUGCUCCUCUUCAAAUCAACUGGUUUUGCACCGUGCAAGCCCUGCUCAGAAAUCGCAGAGUGGCGCACACCGUUCGCAAUGAAAUCGCAGCACAGGAAGCUCCCCACCCCGGCGCCAUCCGUCUCGACGGCAACGCUCCUCCUGCUCCCCCUCGCGCUCCUCGCCGCCGUGCUCAUGGUCGUGUACCCCAACGAGUUCGCCCUUCAGUCGUCGCUGGCCGGCGCCGGCUGCCCUGAUGGCGCCAGCGGCAUCAGCGUCGCGGCGCACCACGUCGUGGCGCAGGUGGCCCCGGACUUCCGGCUGCUCAUGGGCGUGCUGACCCUGCCGAGCCGGUACGAGCGGCGGCACCUGCUCCGCAUGGUGUACGCGCUCCAGCAGCCGAACCUGACGGCGCGCGUCGACGUCCGCUUCUUCUUCUGCCGGAUCGAGUCGGUGGAGCAGCGCCUGCUGGUGGCGCUGGAGGCGAUGCGGUACGGCGACGUGGUGGAGCUGGACUGCCCGGAGAACAUGGACAACGGCAAGACGCACUCCUACUUCUCCAGCGUCCCGGCGCUCUUCGGCGCCGGGGCGUACGACUUCGUGAUGAAGACCGACGACGACACCUUCUUCCGGCUGCCGCAGCUGGCGGAGUCGCUGGGCCGCGCGCCGAGGGAGGACCUCUACUACGGCUGCAUGGUGCCGUGCGACUACGUGCGCGGGUGGAACGAGUACAUGUCCGGCAUGGGGUACGUCAUCUCGUGGGACCUCGUGGAGUGGAUCGUGGCGGCGGCGGACCAGAUCAGGAACCACACGGUCGGGCCGGAGGACAGGACGCUCUACUCCUGGUUCAGCGGCGCCGGGAAGGCCAAGAACCGGGUGGACGUGAAGCCGGCCAUGUACGACUUCCCACAGCGAGGCGCCCCCUGCGCGCACGAGCUCGUGCCGGACACCAUCGCCGUGCACCGGCUCAAGAACAACUUCAGGUGGUCCACCACGCUCAAGUACUUCAACUUCACCGCCGGGCUAGAGCCCUCCAAGUUCUAUCGCGUCGUUUGAUGGAACGAUCGAGAGGUGAUCUUGUGUACGUAGCAUUUUGAAUUUCAUUUUGGUUCCAGGAGUCAACGGGCUGUGAAGUUGAUAUUUUUUUCAUUAUUUCUAAAGGGCCAUGCUACGGCGUGCGCUGGAGCUAUCAAAUUCCGAAAAUGCUAAAAUUCUGACGUCGGA